AUCUGUCGGAAAUCUGGGGUAUUUUGGAAUGGCUCGUGUAAGAGACGGGGAAGGUGAAUAUGAUCCAUGGUAGAACCUGCAAAAGAAACCGCAGAUACGACAGAACCAGAUGUUUCCAUGGUGAAACUUGGAAGUGAAACCGUCGGGAUGCAAACUGAUCCGACAGAGGAAGCAGAAGUUGAUGCUUCCGAGAGUCACUCAGGAAACGAAACCGUCGCCGAGAUAAGGGAUGAUGCUGAAGGACAAGCAGCAGUUGCUGAUUCCGAUAUUCAACUUGGAAAAGAGAGUCCGAUAGAACCGAGUACUGGAGCAGUAGAGGUUGCAGAGGAGGAACUCGUGGGUGCAUCAGAGGAAGAGGAAGAGACCGAUACUGCUCAGGAUACAUAUGAGGAAGAGGAUGAUGCUGUUGGUAAUGCUGGUGAAGAGGAUGAGCAUGGUGAUGUUGGUACUGGUAAAGAUGGUAUAGAGGCUGAAGAGGAUGUUGGUAUAGAGGCUGAAGAGGCUGCUGCUAAAGAUGGUAUAGAGGAGGAGGCUGCUGAAGCUAGUAAGGACGUUGCUGGUAUAACAGCUGAUGAUGAUUCUGGUAAUGAUGAUGAUGAAGAUGAUUCCCAGCCACUGCCGCCAGAGAAGAUGUGCUUAGAUUGUUCAGAAUACACCAAAGGGUGUAAAAUAGGAACUAGGUGUAAUGUGACUGAGAUAGUGAAGUUGAUAGAGAAAGAGUUUAAAGACGAGGCAAUAUGGUUCAGAAGUCACCCUCAGUUCAAGCAUGAAUACCCGGAGAAGCAUGAGGAAAUGGGGAAUUUGAGGUUUGUGAAGAGAAUCUUCAAAAGGACUGAGAAGAUAAAGGCAUCUGAUGUAUUAGCUAAGUUGAAGGAAAAGAAGAGUUGGAAAGGAGCUGAUAAGAAGAAGUUAGUAGUCUUGUAUUUCCUAUGCAAGAUACUAAAAGCAAGCUCAAAAAGUGAUGGCAACAUAGUAUCCUUUCUCGUAAGGAUUGUUGAUGAUUUGGAUGCAUGUGAGACAUAUCCAUGGGGUAGGUAUUCAUUCUCAGAAUGUAUGAAAGGGAUCCGGAAUAUGAUGAAGAAUUUGAAUGGGUCUGUCAAACCUAAAGCUCAACCUAGCUUUAGUGGAUUCAUUGUACCUCUGGAGAUUCUGGCUUAUGAGGCUAUUCCACAUCUUGGACUGAAAUAUAGAGUACCUGUACGUGCAGCAAAUGACUGUCCAAGGAUGUGCAAGCACAAGUUUAAAGAAUCUGCCAUGAAAGGUAUCCCUUUGGAAAUCCCUUUGGAAGAAAUAUAUCAAGAGCUUGGGACUAGCAAGGAUAUUGACAGCAUCUUGGUACCAGACCAAUAUGAGAAAUCUCUGUUGGCUGGAAUCAUUGAAGAUAAUGUUGAUGAUGGCCUAGGGCAGAUUGAUAUCAUUGUUGACAGUUGGAGAGAGCGUCUAGUAGAAAAGAAGAAAAAGAUAUGGUGGGAAGGAAUGUACCAGCUGGACCAGGCGUCCCGAGAGAUUGGAAAUAAGUUUCUUGAGAAUGAAGACCCUGAGCAAGAAGUCCCUGAGCAAGAAGUCCCUGAGAAAGAGAGUUCUGAUAUUGCUAACCUUGUUGCAUCUAUAAACUCACUAACAAAGGUGGUGAACAAUGGCUUUCAAGCCAUUAAUGAGAAGUUGAGUGACAUGGAGAAUAGAGUGAAGACUCUUGAAGUUGCUGUGGCAUCCCAUGGUCCGGUGUUUACGCCAUAUGGGUCGCCUGUGGAAGCACAAUAUGGGACAAGAACUGAUUUUGAGGGUGGGCAGCCGAGUCAACCGAGUCAAACCAUGGAUUUGGUUAUGUAUAAUCCCAUUUCUCCAACUGUUCCAGAACAAGGUGAUGAGGAGGAGAAAAAUAAUGAGGAAGAGAUGAAAGGAAAAGAGAAGAAGAAGGGCAAGAAGACAAAGAAGAGGAAGCAGCAAGAGGGUGGACCUGUAAUAGCAACCGGACAGAAGCUAACAAGGGCAGCUUCCCAACAUAUUAAGACACCAUUUGUGGAAGUGCAGCCGAAGAGAAGGAGAAAGAAGUAAGAACUAUGGUUGAUGUGUGCUGGUGGAGUAGGAAAAAAACUAAAAAAUCUUUUGGACA